GUAUGUAAAAUCAGUGAAAUUAACAAGCUUAUUGACGUUUUCUUUCGUUUGUUAUCGCUUUUUGUUGCUUUAUAAUCUGACUUCGACUUUUUCCUGAAAAACGCUAAAUGAUAUUAAAGUUUUGUUUGUGAAUUUCUCGAGUUUAUGCACCACACACGUCUACCUCGUAAUCUAUGUUGCUUAGACGUAUGAAGGAAACCUUGCGGAUUACAUUUAAAUAAUACUAAGAAACUAAAACUUCUUUUAUCGUCAAAUGAAUACGCAAUUCAUACAUAAAUAAUAACAUCAACGUUUUAGAUAAUUAUUGCCUUUAAAACAGUCAAACUAAUUUGUUCAAUUCUUCUGUGUUUUGAAGUGUUUUCCAUACCUAUCUGCUGUGUCUUCCUACUGUUUAUUCGUCAAUAAAAUGCAUUUGGCUUUUUGUUCAAUAAUUGUAUUUAUUUUUGUCUGUUCAAAUCAAGGGCAUCAAACAAUGAAGGUGGCAAUUAUCGGCGCCGGUCCUUCAGGAUUAAUUAGUGCCAAAUAUUGUGCUGAUGCAGGCUUUGAUUACGACAUUUAUGAACAAACAGGAGCAGUUGGCGGUACAUGGGUUUACACCGAUAAAACAGAUCUGGAUGAAAACGACUUGCCGGUUCACUCAUCUAUGUAUAAAAAUUUACGCACAAAUUUGCCGAAAGAAUUAAUGACCUUCGGUGGUUUCACGUAUCCGGAAGAGUUGAAAAGGUCAUAUCUAUAUCAAGCAGAAGUUUUACAGUAUUUCGAAAAUUUCACUAAACAUUUUCACAUCGAUGAACAUAUUAAGUUUUUCAGUUACGUUAAGCAAAUUGAAAGUUUAACGAAUGGAAAGUGGUUAGUGAAAUUGUUAGAUGUUAAAAGUAAAACCGAAACAGAGCAUAUUUACAACGUCGUAAUGGUUUGCAAUGGACAUUACGAAAAACCCUUCAUUCCAGAUAUAAAGGGCGCAUCAGGUUUUGAAGGAAUGAAAUUACAUAGUCAUGCUUACCGAAUUGCCGAAAUAUUUACGGGUAAGACGGUCCUUAUUAUAGGCGGAGGUCCUUCCGGAAUCGACAUUUCUCGAUUACUUUCUAAAGUUGCCUUGAAGGUCUUUUUAAGUCAUAGAAAUGUUAUUCCAAUAAAAUUGCCCAACAGCGUUUACCUCAAGCCGAUAGUUAAGGAAAUAUUUAAAAAUUCCGUUGUUUUUAAUGACGGAACGGAAGAAAAUAUCGAUGUAAUUUUAUAUUGUACAGGAUACGAGUACAGUUAUCCGUUUCUCUCGAAAAAUUCUGAUAUCGAAAUUGUAAACGGCAAAUGGGUUAGACCGUUAUAUAAACAAAUCGUUAACAUAGAACACCCGACUAUGGCGUUUAUAGGAAUUCCAUUUGCAGUAGCUGCGAUUCCCGUACUUGAAGUGCAGGUGAGAUUUUUCAUUUCUUCAUUAACAGGACAUUUCCAAAUACCUUCGAAAGAAAAUAUGUUGAAAGAUUUUCAAGAAUACGUAACUGACAAGAAAUCUAAGUCGAUGUACCCAAAUUACAUGCAUAAAAUGGGAAAUUAUCUAGAGCAAGAAAAGUAUUUUAAUGACUUAACUACAACAGCUAACAUCACUCGAGUACCCAAUGUUGUUAAUAAAUUAUACAAAGCUGUUAAAGAUAUGAGAAACUUGGACGCUUGUUACAAAAUCGUUGAUUCAGAAACGUUUGAGAAAAAUUAAGCGAGAUAAAGGUGCAUGAAAAAGAAGUACAAUGAGCCAUAUCGUACCAGCCAAUGAUAUCCAUAAACAUGAGAGUAAUAAGCCUAGUUGGGGCAAUUAUAACCAGGAUUACUUAACGUAAUUAUGUAACGAGGCGUCGGUGUAAAUAAUGUGCAAUUGACCUGUCUGCGUACCAGCUGCUACGAAGGUCACGAGUAGGUGCGCGUGUUUCGUCACUUGACGUUUGCAAUAACAAAGGUCGAUAAGUUAUUGCGGCCGCAGCGAGUGUUCUCAAUCAUUGAAGGCUCAGGAAGUGGGAUAUCUUUUCUGCAUAGUUUUUACACCCCCUACAUUGUAGCGCUAUCACGAGAUGUACUCUAUAGUACCUCCAGAUGUUACCUUUCAAAAUUUUCUGAAUACUGAUCAAAUGUAGUGUAUAACGAAUGUGAUAGGCGUUAAUGUUGUAUACAAUAUUCAACAGCAUUCAUGAAGCUUCACUGGGUCAGCGUUAUUAAGGUUUCUACUAGCGGCCGAUGAUUCUUUUUUUCAAUUUCUUUAUUUUUUACAAAUCUUUUUUUGACUAGUAUGCUAAGAAUUAAAAGGUCCUGUCGUAACAAUCAUAAAGUGAGCGUUGUUGUUACCGUGUAUUCCCUUUUAUCUGAUAGUUAACCUAUGGCUUCACUAUUUGGUAACAUUGUGACAUUUGAAGUAUACUUCAUGGAAUGUAAAUUGGCCUAAUUCUACUUAAUUAUAUAAUUAAAUUUAAUCAGAAAACACAUAUAUGACGUCAUGGACAAAAAAUAUUUUCUGCAAUGAAUCAAACGUCUCAGUGCACUGUACAAUGUGAUGAGCUGGAAAACGUCAUAUGACGUCGAGGAGCGUUUUUACACUUACACUGUCAUGUGUGAGUUGCUGCGCAGUUCAAGUUUGGUUUGUUUUGGUGUUAUAAAAACAAGAUUCAAUUGAUUCCAUUCAAUUGAGAUAUAUAUUUUUGCGUACUAUUUUUGAUUUUAUUCAACAGUUUGUAAAUACAUAUCACCUAAUUUCUCAACAAAUGCAAGAAUAAGAUUUGUUCCUUCGUAACAAAACGUUUGUAAAGAAUAGGAUGUAUUAAAGAAAUAGUAAGUAAAUUAGACUACUGUUCUGUCAUGAAACAACAAUCAAGAUAAACAGGCUCGUUAGAAAAAUGCAGAUGCUGAUCUGAAGAAGAAAGUCGCUAAGUAUCAAAAAAGAUUGUUGAGACUUAAAAAAAUAAAAAAGGAUCAAAAGCCAGAUACACCCACAACACAUUUAAACAAGAUGUUAGACACUCCAGAAUGUAGAAGAGAAUUGGUCAAGAAGGCUCUUUUUGGCGGAAGUUGUGAAGCAGCAACUACAAGAAAAUUUUUCUUAAAUGAAAACUAAGAAAGAAAAAUCUACUGCAAAUCAGUUAGUUUCAGGAAUAAUUGUCAAGAGAUAUAAGCUAUGGCGAAUGAAAGAUACAGGAAUUUUAACAUACAAGUGAAUUAAUAUAAUCUUACUGAAGAAGACGCAGUAGUACAUAUGGACUUCUCUGAAAAUUAUGCAACCAAAUACAGUUAGGAAAUACAAGCGUUUAUCUUUGGAAGAUCCCCCAUACAAAUAACUCUCCACACAGUAAUUAUUUUAUUCAACAGUUUGUAAAUACAUAUCACCUAAUUUUUCAACAAAUGCAAGAAUAAGAUUUGUUCCUUCGUAACAAAACGUUUGUAAUGAAUAGGAUGUAUUGAAAAAAAAUUAAGUAAAUUAGAUUACUGUUCUGUCAUGAAGCAACAAUCGAGAUAAACAGGCUUGUUAGAAAAAUACUGACAAGAACGUUGGAGGCAUUUGCAAAUAAAUUCGCAGUCGCGGUAUCGAAACAUCGUGAAAGCGCCAAUGGGAAAUUAAUUCAAGAAAACACAGUAAUGCUCGCGCAUUUCCGAGUUUGUACUUCAAAUUAUCAAAGGAUCUGAGUGCUGCAACACCUGUCGGAGCGAACGUGACCGCAACUGAACUAGCAACUCUAAAUAAUGCACCCAUUACAAUGCUAAUAAUUAAGAUAAAGAUUUACAUUUAAAAGUUUUUUCUCUACUUUUAUUUAACCUGUUAAGAUGUUCAGGUUCACUUAAUAUCAAAAUCUACGAAAAUGUAUAUAUUUACUUGUCAAUUACUUGCCUUUUUACUUGUCAUUCUUCUGUAUCUUCUAUACCAAUUUUUCUAUUCAUAAUCAUAAGGGCGUCAGUCCUAAGACUGGUUGGAUAUGCACCUCCACUCUUUCGUAUCUUAAGCUAAUCUUCCCAUUUCCCUAAACCUAGAACAUCUCACAUCUUUAACUAUUUGUGAAAAGUACUCUAAUCUGGAUUUACCUUUACUCCUUUCAACUCCUGUUUCUGUUCCUAAUAUUUCCGUGACUAGUUCUUCAUGCUGCCUGAAAAGGUGUCCUACCAACCUAUCUCGCCUAUUUCUUAUUGACUUCUGCUCUGUCCUCUGUUAUCCUAUUCUUUCUAAUAUGUAUCUCUUCAUUUCUAACCUUCUCCAUCCAAGGUAUCCUCAGCCAUAUUACCCCGUCUAUUAUUAUUUUCUUAUAUCCAACCUUGAUUGUCUUCUCUCCAUUUCUUUGCCUCUUCUCGUUUACCUUUCUCUUUUCUUCCAUGGUCAUAUCGUCCCUUAUAUAUAUCUCUGUCUCCUUUAGCCUUCUGACAUUUCUAAUUAUCUGUAUCUUAUCUUCCCACUUUUCCAUAUUUACGCCAUAGAUUUUCUCCUGAAGCUUCCAUACCUCCACUACCUCCACCUUCUUCUUCUCCUUCUUUUCUUUGUUCCCUUCUAACUGUAUUCCAAAAAUUAUUGUUUCGCUUCUUUUCUACUCUUCUUUUCUUUUCUAAUUCCAUUUCCAUUCUCCUUAUUCUUUUCAUCUAAUCUUCUAAAUGCUUCUCCACCCUCUUUUUUAUUUCCAAAUCCUCCAACACCACCUCUUUCACUUCUUUCGUAUUGUAAAUAUUCCCUUACGCUCUUCGCUCUUAUCCAUUUUUUCUUCCCAUUUCUUUACUUUUUCACUUGUUUCUUUCUCUCUUUCUUCCGUCAUUUCUAUACUUUUAUUUUCUUCCUGGAUUCCCUCCAUCUUCUGUUCGAAUUCUUUCCAUCUUCGUUAUUUUUGCAAUUCUCUUUUCCUUUGUUUCUCCUCAUUUACCUUAAAAUUUUUUUAUUUUUCCUCUUUAUAUUUUCUAACAUUUGCAUUAUUCUGUCUCAAUUUUUCCAUCUUAAUAUUAAGCUCCACUAUAUUUUUUCUUUUCAAAUCUUCUUUUGCCUCUUCCAGACCACUCAUGUUUCUUUCUUUAUUCCCGUUCUCUACUCUUCCUUUGUAAAUCUAAUUUUUCUUUACUUCUCCUCUUUUAUCUUCAGCUUUAUUAUUUACCCUUUAAAUUCUGUUGCUUAAAAUUUGAAUGAAUAUAGAGACAGCUCUUCUUUUUACUUUUAGUCUGAACAAACCAAAUAAAAACUGUCUUUUUCUUUUAACUUAUCAAUGUUCACAAAAGGUCCAUAGGACAAGUUACUGCAUUAAUCAGAAACACGUGUGACACAAGCAAAACUUUUAAUUCUCGAAUGCAGAAAACAGUCCAUAAUGAAAAUAAACACGUAUAAAAAUUAAUGCACUUAGGUUCAUCAGCCACAGAAAAUAGGACAAAAAUGGACAGUUUUUCCCGAUAUAAUCAACCAAAAUACUGAAAAUGAGAUUCAGUACAACCUUAUUAUAACCUUACCAUUUAAUUUUUGUUUUACUUUUAUUUAUUUUCAUACAAUACUGUUUUGUUUAAAGCUAUCCCUAACUCCUCCUUGAUAAAUUUUUCUAUUGCAAUAAAAUAAUUCAAAAACUUUAUGAUUUGUUAUUCGAGUUCAUUCAAACCAUAAGUACU